AUCCCUGUCAAUCGUCGCCCAACCUCCCCAACACGGCAAGAUCUGAUCCGCAGCAGCCCACGGCUCACCGCUUGUAAUUUCAGUAUUGAUUUAUAUGAUUCUCAUCCACUUGACUUGUAUUAUUUUUUUCUCCAUCAAAUCAUUAACCCCUCUUUCAACAAAGACACAACCCCCCCAAAAAAACAGACUCCAUCCAAAAUGAACUUCGAAAACGCCAAAGGAAACAUGCUCAGCGUAAUGGCCCCCUCUAUACCACAAACCCGCACCUGCUCAGCAUGCAAGAGACCCGAGCCCGCCUCACCCACUCCUUCACAGACCUUAAAGAGAUGCGCCCGCUGCCAUAUCACCAUCUACUGCUCUCGCGAGUGUCAGAAAGCGCACUGGAAAGCAGACCACAAGAACCGGUGCAUAUGGGGCGCGAUUCGCAAUAAUAUCUACCUCGAUUCGCUUCCGGAAGAAGACGCCAUGAAGCAGCUGAUUGAUGUGUAUCGGAUGCGUGUUGAGGAUGAUUAUAAGUUUCGGGGUGAUGCUCAUGGUCUUUAUGGAUUGGAGGAUCCGUUGGAUGAUUUCGAAGAGUUUCUUGAUCUUGCGGAGGAGCAGAUGGAGAAGGAAAAGGAAGAUGCGGGGGGUCUUAAGAGGGCGGGGAUUCUGCCUAGGUGGUGGUGCGAGGAGAAACGGAAUGCUUGUGAGCGGAAGGCGAUGAGAGAUCCGUGGUGUCGGAUUACAUAUGCGGUUGAGAAGGGAGAUAUCCAGGAGCAUUAUAAUGAUGAUAUGAUGCCGAUGAAGCUGCGGAUGUUGGGUGAAACGGUAUAUGGUUUCAAUGUGAUGACAUUUUAAGGAAAUUGGAGGGCCUUAUCAGCUGAAUCUUUUUCGUUCCCACCCUGCUAAGAGUCGCGUUACUUGAAUGAGACCAUGUGAAUUCUGAGUACUUUUGCGAAAGUUCUGGAGUAAAUAUCCCGUGGUGGUAUCCAUUUUUUAG